AGUUGCGCGUCUGCUGGCUCCAUCCUUGAUAUUACAUCCACCCUACUUACUUUAUCCCUACAUGGGUAAUGAAGGUGGUAAAAUGAGUUACUUCUUUCCUUCGACAACUACAUCUACACGUCAUCACGUACAACAAAAAACAACCACCUCUAGCCGCACACCUCACUUCGAGAGUCGUUAAAAACUCGCAAGAGUUAGAACUAAAUUUCUAUUCAAGUCACUCGCUGACGGAUUCAACAAAAAUGGCAGCCUAUUUUGCCCCAGUUUCCCCGAUGGACGUCGCUGCGUGGGAGAACCAGCGUAACACCCUUUUUGGAUAGCUAAAUCGAGGAGCUCACAUGUGAUUUUCCAAUGUUUAUGCUUACUAGAAGCCAAUGAUGAGUCUCUCCGAGGUCACAAGAACAGUGUACUAGUAGAAGGAGUCUUCCAUCAGGGGGGUGAAUUCAAUCAUUUAUAAUACUAAGGUGAAAGCGCACAGCGCGAGCUGGAAGUCUCUUUCCUGCCCUGGGUGCACGACCGUGCGCGCGAAGUUUGCCUGUUCGCGAAUCGCAACUAUCAUCAAAAAGGUCGCGGAUGCGUCGUUUUCGUACCACUUGUUUUUCAGGAGCUAGUAGUAUCAACAAGUUAGAUAUAGAUGUUUAGAUGCACGAGUCAGUAGAGUUGUUCACCACGAAUCGACACCAAUUACACCAUCUCACAACCAUAACCAACUUCUGUCCCCCAGACACCAAGCAGGACCUCCCAACAAGAAUCACUUCUUCCAUUUCGUCACGUCAACAGAUGUUUUCCUCAGUGAAGGAAAUCUUUGAAGAAAAGUGGCUCGAUGCUGCUUGGAAGUAUUUGGCGCAGGAUCAAGUGCACGGACUUGCUAUGAAAACCAACCAUAUCCUAAGCGCCUUGGAACGGUACCUCUACAUGAGUUGAGAUCGUGAGCUUUACUGGCUUUUUUUUUGCUGAUUUCACAUAUUAGAAAGGAAAAGAACAAACUUAUAUCCGUUUAAGUCCGUUCCCUCGCAUUAAUCCCACCCUUAACAUCCAAAAAAUAUUCAUAUAGUUUAAAGUCUCCAAAAAUGGUCAUCAUCUUCGUCUGACAUCAGGUACAAUCCCCUGUCGCAUUGCGUUGUUGUUGUAUUGAUUGCGGAGAUUGCGUUUGACCGUUUCUAUUUCCUCCGUGCUGAUGGCCAAAGUUCUCACAGUCGCCGUAUGCAGGAAUACAACUUGGUACCUCUUUGAUGCAUCUCGGAACAAACAUCAAUAGGUCUGAUCUUGGUUUUUUACUCACUAGAAAAGAGCGGAGGUGCGGCCUCGAGGAUUUCCUGAGGUUCACAGAAGGUGUGACUCGUCGUAAUCUCCUCAGAGUUCUCUCGGAAUAACCUCAGUUCGUGAAGAUUUUCUUCUAUCUUGGUGCUUUUCAUUCAGUAAUCACCAGUAUUCAUAUACUUAAGAACAAUCUUUGAUGUUCCUUAUUUCUUCAAAUCAGCGUACCUAUGGCGUUCGUGAGUUGCCUCGUGUUAAGAAGCCGCUGCCGGAUAUCAUGAAGGAAACCAUUGAGCGCAUGGCGAUUGAGGGUGACGAUUUCUUUAAGCACGAAGAAGAGGAAAACAAGAUUAUGACACCCAAAAUCUGCCUGCUUAAGUACAACAAAACAAAUAAGUUGUUUCAAAGCCUCCAAGUAGUAUAUGAUUUUAGAACAACGAGUAUAAGGAAUGUACUGAAGUAGAUUGUAUGCUUCUCUCAUCGCACUACUACUGCUACGACUGUCUUCAACUAGCACGAAAACUUCACGUUUCAUGUCUAAUCCUGAAAAGGCUGGUGUCGAGAUUGACGUUGCGGAGGCUGAAAAAUCUAAGGAGGAAAACGGAGAUGAAGAUUCUGAGAAACGCGUUUCGCCUAAUACCAAGAAGAUGCUGACUUCUGAGAACGGAUCUCCAGAAACUGAAAACUCUACCGCGAACAGCUCUGGCUCGCCCACGAUCAGCAACAAUACUCCGGAUGCAGAUGUUGAGUCCGGCAACGGCAAGGCGAAAGACACUGCUUCGAAGGACGACAAGAACGAAACUUAAGACAAUAAACUAUUUAGCUGGCUGAAGAUUAGCUUUAAAGUAGAUGGUGACAAGCUUAUUGUUUUUAUUUUUCAUUUUACUUAAUUCUAGUUCCUUUUUUUCAUCGUCGAGUGGACCCUUGUUUAACUUCCUGGAAAGAUGAACUCGUUGAUGAGGAAAUGCUGUUUUUCUAACACAUCCCGUCCAAGCUGUUCAAGGCUCCGCCGAAGCCGCUGAUGCCGAAGCAACUGCUGCCGCCGUGUCCGCCCUCCGCCGCGCGCAAGCAUCUGCCGGCCCCGCCGGCCGUGCCCACGACUCAGAAGCAACUGGCCGCCACGACCCUCCAGCAACAAAAGCAGUUGCAGCAAGCUGCGCAACAAGCCGCGACGCUGCAGCACGCCUACCAAGUCGCUGUGAUGGCCUUGUACGGUCCCGCUGCGAACUACGCCGCUGCCGCAAACUACGCCGCUAACUACACGUCGCUGAACAUGAACCAGUUGGCAUCAGGAACGACCACGACCACGGGCAAUCAAGCGGGAACCAAUGGCGCGAACGGAGUCUCGGGUUCCACCACGGGAACAACGAACCCGCCACCGCCGCCACCCCCGAUGGGCUCUCUCUACUCCAACGGGAACCACGGCGCUUCCGCGAAAAUCCUGAACAAGGACUUCUACUCGGCCUACGCUGGAACGCAAACAAAAAACUGCAUGAAGGGAGCUUACGGCGAUGCGGCCAGUGAGCGCCUCUAUGGCUCCAACACGACUGGUAAUUUUCUAUCACCAAGAUGCUGCAUGAAGACUCUGCUUAAUGCUUCGAACAAAAAAAGUUAUUGCAAGGUGUAAAACAAGAGCUGGUACUUAGUAUUGUUUGUCUUUAAUAUCUUUUAAAUAGUAUAAACAGUGAUAAUUAUGAUCUUCGUGUGUCAUCAUUUACUUGUUUUUGCUGAAUAUCAAUAUAUAGCAUUUCCGUAUUUGUCCAUGUCUAACGAACAGGUUCCCCGCCUGGUUUGUCUUCUUCUCCGCCGUCGUCGCCGUACACCAGUACCGCCUGGUUUCCCGGAUCCAACAGUCCUGGGGACAGUUUAUAUGACGAUGUUGUGUUGGUGAACACCUCUUCGCAGAUGGCUGGCAUGGGAGGCUCUGCUCUUGGCGGAGGCUCUACUCUGGGCAUGGGCACUUCUCACAUGCAAGGUGCUACCGGUGGUGCCUCUGCCAUGGGAGGUGGUGUGGGCGCUGGUGGUGCUUCCAUGGGAGGUGCGAACAACCAUCAUGGUUCCUCGAACAAUCAUCAUCAACAUCAUUCCGGUGCCACCAUGGGCGGAACGACCCACCAUCAUGGCGCGAACAACCAUCACGGGGCGACGCAUCAUCAUCACAUGGGGGGCCACGCUACGCACAACCACACUGGGCACAUGCAGUCGACCGGAAAUGGGAUGAAUGGCGCCUUCGGAAUGAUGCAGAACACGCAGGCUGAGAACAACAAGUCCUUGUUACCGAACAACGGGGCGUCGGCCACGGGUGGUCACGCAGGGAGUGUCCAUCACCACCACCACAACCAUGCUGGAAACGCCACGCAUCACCAUGGUCACAACAACACGGGUCUGGUAGGCCACAAUGCGCACCACAGCAACGCAGCCUCCAAUGCGCACCACAACAACACAGCCUCCAAUACGAUGAUGGCGACCGGCAUGGAAGACGCCACCGGAAACGGCAACUACAACAAUUAUUAAGGCCAAUUCUACUCCACACGUUAUAUGUUUUCUACGCUAACAGCAAUACAUACGUUUUGAUGUUGGCAUGCUGUCGAAUCACAGGCUAUUCGGGUACCAGGGCAGCUCUGACGUCAACUAUAACAGAUCCGUUAAUUUGAACAUCACCGACGAUGGCCUACUUAGCUCUAAGAUUACACUGCGCCAAUGCACAACUACGACGUGAACUACUCUGCCGCGGCAGCUCCCUCUCCCUACUACGAUUGGCUCGCGAUGUAG